AUGUCUCAACUAUUCGUAGCGAGUAGUCAAGAACAAGGUAGUCAAGACCAUAUCGAGGACGAAGACAGACUAUAUCAAGAUCCAACCAGUCCCACCAUACCGAAUGAUAACAAUAUAGCUUUAAAUAAUCAUCAUCGUGAUUUAUCAUCACAAUUGAAUGAUCUUGAUCAUAAUAAUACUCAAUCAUCAUUCAUCAAUCCUAGAAGUCAUACUUUUAAAGCAUCAACCACUCAAAUAUCUCAUUUAGCAGAGGUACUAUCAUCAAUCACCACCAUCAAUUCUCAAGCUUUAUUAAUCAUAAGUCCAAAGGGUAUAACGAUUUAUACUGAAUAUAAUCAUGUAUGUAAUGUUCAAUUGAAUAUUGAUCCGACUUUAUUCACUCAAUAUAAUUUCGUCAUUAAUGAUAAUUUGAAUAAUGAUGAUGAAGAUGACGAAAGUUCUGAAAAUCCUGAUUUAAGAUUAGGAGUUGAUAUUAAUCUUAUUAGUGAUUCAUUUAAUUCAGUUGCAUCUUCAUUAAUAAAACCAAAAUCAUUUAAUAAAUCAGGUACUUCGAAUUAUAACAAUGUUCAAUUUGAUCAUAAUCAAAAUAAUAAUAGUGGGAAUAGCCUCAAUAACAUUCCUCUUGCUGAAAAUGUAACUUGUUAUAUCACAUAUAAUGGACAUGGUGAACCAUUAAUUAUUGAAUUUGAAGAUAAUGUUAUGAGUGAAAAAUUGGAAUUUUUAACCUUUCAAUUAGAUAUCACUUAUCCUUAUGAUUUUAUAAAUAAUGAUAGUCAAUCCCAAGAUGAUAUUGAUCAAGAUUAUAGAUCGGAUUUCUUAGUUAUAAAUCAUAAUGAAUUACAAUUUGAAUUGAUGUUGAAGAGUGAUGUGUUUAGUAAUCUUCUUCAAGACUUACAACAGAUCAAUACGGUCGAUUUAUACAUUCAUAUAUCGAAUGAAAUCAAAACAUUAGGUAAUAAUAAUAAUAACCAUGCACAUAAACGAAUUAAAUUCGUAGAGAAUCAAUUGAAUUUCAUUUCAAAGGGUCCGAUAGGACAUCUGAAACUUAUGUUCCCCAAUGAACGGACUAUCCUUGAACAAUUGAAAAUAUAUGAUCAUGAAGAACAUGGUAAUAAAUCAAGUUUAAAACUUAUAAAUUCAUCCAUUCUAUCCUGUUAUAAUUUCAAUAAUUUCAUUAAAAUCUUGAGAGCAAGUAAAUUAUCGACAAAAUGUAAGAUCAAUAAGGAUUUAAAUGGGAUCUUAUCAAUUCAAUUCUUAUGUAAGAAUAAUAAUCUAUUCAAUUAUGUAGGGACAUUGAUUACAUUUAAUCUUUUAGAAUCAACCAGUUUAAUCCAAGAUGAUAAUGUCGAUAUACCAAAGAGUAAGAAGAAUGAUUCCAGAAAUCUUUUACAUAAUAUUUUUGAUGAUGAAAGUUAUGAUUUUAUUAAACGGUAUAAUGAUGUGAAUAAACAUAAACAAGAUCAACAAAUGGUAUCACAAGCGGUGAUUCAAGAGUAUGAGGUUUUAGGUGGAGGGUUUGAAGUUGAACAAGAUGAUGAAUCAGAUGAACAACAACCUCAACGUGAUAUUGAUAGACCACCUCCCUUAUCAUAUGCUUCAUUUAGAAAUACUUCAUCUUCAACAAAUACCACCUCUGCAUCAGAUUCUACUUCCAAACCAUCUAAUUUCCAAGUUAACGAUACUAUUCAUGAGAAUUCUAUCCUUGAACCAACUAAUAAUAGACCUGUUAGUAAACCUGCUAGUAGAAAGAAAUCAUCUUCCAAACGUAAGAAACAGAAAGAAGAUGACGACGACGAUGAAGAGAUUCAAACUGUUGGUGGAGCAGUUGAAAUUCCCUUAUUUUUAUGA